CCAAUCACUCACUGAUUAAUUCGCUGUUGUUGUGAUCUGUAUCAUAUCAUGGCUGAAGCACUUGUUGUUGGAGCUUUAGUUUCUGGCUUCGCCAACGUUGUUCUUGACCGGCUCAUUUCACCUGAGUUUGUCAACUUGGUGGUGGGCAAGAAGCUGGACCGGAAGUUGGUUGAGAGGCUCAAGACUGCUAUUUUGGCUGCCAAAGCUCUGGUUGCUGACGCUGAGCAGAAGCAGUUUGGAAACGAACUUGUGAGGGAGUGGCUUGAUAGUCUCAAAGAUGCUCUCUACACUGCUGAUGACUUGCUGGACCGUGUCUUCAUCAAAGCUCAAAUUCGCAACAAGGUACGCAUUCGUCUUCCUCACUUCCUUGAUUUGCCUCAUAGGAAGUCUAAUAGGGAGAUGAUGACUAAGAUAGAAGAUGUGGUUGAAAGAAUAGUAGAUCUUGAGAAACGCAAAGAAACCCUUGGUCUCAAAGAGAUUCCAACGGGAAGCUCCUCAUGGAGACCUCCUUCCACUUCUCUUGUCAAGGGGAAUGUGUUUGGCAGGGAUGGUGACCAACAGGCACUAAUCAAGAUGCUCAAUGACAACAAUCAUCAUAACUUGUCCGUCAUCUCUAUUGUUGGUAUGGGCGGUGUUGGUAAAACUACUUUAGCACAAUGGCUGUACAACAAUAAGGAUUUGAUGGACGGGGUUGAUCUGAAAGCAUGGAUUUGUGUUUCUGAAAAUUUUGAUGUUGUUGAGACUACAAAGAAUGUUAUAAAGGCGAUCUCUUCGGGUGUUUGUAGUCUUAACAGCUUUGAUUUACUUCAACAAGAUUUGAAGAAAAAACUGUCAGAAAAGAAGUUCUUCAUUGUUUUGGACGAUGUUUGGAGUGAAGAUGCUGACAAGUGGAAUGGUUUUAUCACCCCUUUUCAACAUGGGACAAAGGGAAGCACUAUUCUCCUAACUACCCGCAAGGUAAAUGUUGGUCGAAUAGUCCAACACUAUAACUCUUACACCCUCAAUCAACUGUCAGAUGAUUAUUGCUGGUCUAUUUUUGCGGAGAAUGCAUCCUUUCCUGAAUCAAAUGGGAGCUCAGAACUGGAAGAAAUAGGUAGAAAGAUUGUCGAAAGAUGUGAUGGCUUGCCGUUAGCUGCAGAAACACUUGGGCGCUUGUUGCGCUCAGAGCGUCGUGUUGAAGAAUGGAAUAAAAUACUAUCGAGUGACAUUUGGGAAUUUUCUGUGGCAAAUUGCAAGAUUGUUCCUGCAUUGUUAUUGAGUUACCAUCAUCUGCCUACUCAUUUAAAAGGUUGCUUUGUUUAUUGUUCAUUGUAUCCCAAAGAUUAUCAAAUUGAUAAGGAUGAAUUAAUCUUGCUAUGGAUGGCUGAAGAUCUUUUGCGGCCUCCAAAGAGGGGAGAGACUUUAGAAGAAGUUGGUUGCGAGUGUUUUGAUGACUUGGCUUCAAGACUAUUUUUCAAGCAGGUCGAGAACGAUGAUGAGAAGUAUUUUGUGAUGCAUGAUCUCAUGCAUGACUUGGCAACUUUUCUUGCUGGAGAUCUUUGUUGUAGAUUUGGUGAAAAAGAAGAGAUGAGUAUUCUAACUCGGCAUUUGUCAUACAAUCACUCAAUUCCUGUGAAAACAUGCUCCUCUAGUAAAAACAAAUCUUUGAGGACAUUAUUGUAUAUCAAUAAUGGAGCUCCUUUCUGGAAACCACGCACAACAUUUCAAUGUGACAUAUUGUCAAAGAAUAAAUAUUUGAGAGUUUUGUCCUUUGAUACACUCAAUAUAUUUCCAUAUUCAACAGCUAAAAAAUUGAUCCAAUUGCGCUAUUUGGAUCUAUCUUGGAGUGAUGUUAAGAUAUUGCCCGAGUCAUUAUGCAACAUGUGCAAUCUACAAACCUUGAAGUUAGAAGGCUGUUCAAAGCUGACUAUGCUGCCCAAUGGCAUGUAUAAUCUUGUGAAUUUGCGGCAUCUUAAUAUAAGGCGUACGCCUCUGGAAAAAAUGCCAAAAGGAAUGGGCAAAUUAAAACAGUUGCACAUUUUAAGCAACUUUGUGGUGGGAAAGCAAGAAGACAAUGGAAUCCAAGAGUUAGGAGGGCUUUUAAAUCUUCAUGGAUCACUUGAGAUUCAGAAAUUGGAGAAUGUGGUUGAUGCAAAUGAGGCAAGGAGUGCAAGGAUAAUAGAUAAGAAGCACAUUGAGGAGUUAUUGUUGAAAUGGUCUGUGUCUUCAGGUGAUGAUAUGGUCUCAAACACACAUACUGAUGAACAAGAUAUACUUCGGGGCUUGCAACCACACACUGGCUUGAAAAAGUUGACCGUUGAUGAAUACAAAGGUAAAAUAUUUCCAGAUUGGAUUGGGAAUUCCUUGUACCAAAACAUGACAAGUGUAUCUCUCAUGUCUUGCAAGAAUUGCGACAUGCUGCCUUCACUUGGACAGCUGCCAUCUCUCAAGUCCCUCCGCAUUGAAAGGUUUGAUCAGCUAAAGAGCAUUGGCAAGGAGUUUUACAAGAAUGAAGGCCAUCAACAUUCUUCGCCUAUUGCACCGUUUUUCUCACUAGAGGAAUUGAUAUUUUAUAUUAUGCCAAGUUGGGAGGAGUGGCACUUACCUGACUCAGAAGCCUUUCCUCAGCUCAAGAUCCUUCAAAUAAGAGAGUGUCCAAUGUUAAAGGGAGAUAUUCUUAGUCAGGUAUUAGUGAGAAUCGUUUCUUCCUCAUCGGAUGUUUCCAAAGUGCGCCAACUUGGAAUACGAGAAGAUUAUCAAUUAUGGGAUAAAGAGAUGAGUCUUGAUGGGGAUAGUUUAACAAUUUGUGGAUUUGAAUCUGUGACGGAGUAUGCAUUUAAGACAAGGAUCAUCCACCAUCUAACUUCCCUCCAAGAAAUGCUCAUCUCAUGGUGUGAGUCUGUUGUAUCCUUGGGGGUUAAUUGUUUACCCAAAUCUUUGCAAAAGCUCAGAAUAUAUAGGUGCAGCCAAAUUGAAUUACUCCAGCAACAACAGAAAUAUGAUUUGGUAGAUCUACGGAUAGAAGAGAGCUGUGAUUCACUGACCUCAUUGUCGUUGGAUGCCUUUCCCAAUCUCCAGAAUCUCCAGAUAGAACAGUGUUCAAAUCUGGAAUCAAUUUCAAUGUCAGAGCCAACACACGCUGCUCUUCAACGUCUCACCAUCCGUCAAUGCUCCAAAUUUGUGUCAUUGCCAUCUGACAUGAAUAGUCUUCUCCCAAAUUUACAGUUUCUGGACAUACAAGGUUGCCAAAACAUUUGUAGGUGGCCAGAGGGUGGUUUGCCGCCUAACCUGAAAGAGCUUAGGGUAGGAGAAUGCGAGCAACAAGUGAGGGGUCUAUCAUGGUUGGGCAAGUUGGACAACCUCACUCAUCUCAGCAUUUCUGGUGUUGGGUGUGAGAGCAUAAAGUCAUACCCAGAGGUGGGUUCGCUGCCUCGCCUUCCCUCCCUCACCACUCUACAUAUCCAACACUUUCAUAAUCUGGAGACAUUGGAGUGCACCGAGCUUCUCCGCCUCACCUCCCUCCAACAGUUAAUAGUUGCAGAUUGUGAGAAGCUGAAGAAUAUGGAAGGAGAAAAGCUGCCUCCCUCUCUCUUACUACUUCAACUUUAUUUCUGUGGUUUGCUGGGCGAACACUGCGAGAACAAGCAUCAACAAAUUUGGUCCAAAAUUUCCUACAUCCCCACCGUUCAAGGCUAUGGCAGACUAGUUUCCUGAGCAGGUGGCUUGUGUACAUAUCAAGAUGUAAUCCUAUACAUUGGCUAUAUAUCUUCAUUUAAUUCUAAGAUCAUUUGAGGUGGUAAUUAAGCCGGAUUAAGGUGUUGGGAACCAGAUACUGUGUUUUCUGAUUUUGGCUUAAUGUUAUUAAAAAGCAAGGACAUGAUGGAGAAAGUUAGGGUAGUGGCACUUAUUAUUGAAAAGCUUUUUGGUUGUAGGUAUAUUUUUCUAUUCCUCUCUAUAAUUUUAUUUUUGCUAUUUUCCACAAGAAAAACUAAAUGAUAGCUUAAUUUGUGGAAAGAAUUCACAGAGUUGUUGUGUUGCAAGAUUCUUGUAGGACAGUAAAAGGAAUCAGCAUGCAUGAGGUGUAUAAGCUUUCAAAAUAGAAGGAUCAAGUUAUUGCUGUGUAAUCAUUUUUAACCAUAGAUUGAAUCAUUGGAUAAAGUUAAUAUUAUUAGAUGCCUAUAAUAAGCUAUUCUAAUACCAAGAGUAAAUGUUCUGUACAUAUAUUAAG